AUGUCGACUGGCUCCAUAUUAAAUACAAUUUUAAUGUCAACAGAUUACGGUCGUGAUGGUUAUUUACUUUCAACUACAACUGACAUGUAUCUCGAUAAUUCAAGCUUAUCCAUCAACUCAACCGAGGCCGAAAGUUUCAUCUUGCCUGUUGACGACUUGAUUCAGAAACCAUUUGUGCAAUUUAUUUUCUCAGUAUUUUAUAUGAUCAUCUUUAUAUUGGGAAUGUUUGGCAAUUUUCUUGUUUGCUUCGUUGUCGCUAGACAGCGAACAAUGCAAACUGUGACAAAUUUCUUCAUCACAAACCUUGCCAUUGCUGACAUACUUUUAUGUCUUUUUUGCAUAACUCUUACGCCAACAUACACAUUUCUUGGUCGAUGGAUAUUUGGGAUAUUUCUUUGUCAUUUAGUGGCUUUUUUGCAAUGCUGUUGCGUUUAUUUAUCGACACUUACACUCACAGCCAUCGCAAUCGAUCGAUUUUUUGUCAUCAUUUUUCCAUUUCGCCCACGAAUGAAAAUCUACACUUGCAUUCUCGUGCUUCUUCUGAUAUGGAUUUGUGCAUUCUCACUCACGUAUCCAUACGGAUAUUAUAUGAAAAUUAUCGAUAGAUUAAUAGAUCAUCAGGAGGUGACUCUAUGUGAGGAAACAUGGCCUUCAGAAGACGCCAGGAAACUUUUUGGUACAGUGACUUCUGUUUUACAAUUUUGGCUUCCAUUUGUACUUAUUCUUGGAUGUUAUUUCUGCAUUUUUUGGAAGCUUCGAAAUAAUAAAAAGAAAUUGUCGAAGAGUAAGAACUCAAAGAAGAAAAAUUGCUGUGAGAAGGUGUUACGCAAGAAGACAUCAACUAAUCAAAUGCUGGUUUUAAUGGUGUUCAUAUUUGGGAUUUGUUGGCUUCCACUUAAUCUUAUAAACAUCUUGGAAGACUUCAACAUGAACCUUAACGAACAUCGCUAUUAUAAUCUCAUGUUCUUCACAUCACAUCUGUUUGCGAUGUCUUCUGUCAUUUACAAUCCGUUUCUCUAUGCGUGGUUAAACGAGAAUUUUAGAAAGGAAUUUAAACAGAUUCUUCCAUGUUUGUUUGUGAAUAUUUCAACGCAUCGCGAAUUGAAGAAUCCUAAGACUCUCUUAAGUUCGUUGACGAACAAGAAAAAUGACGACACUCUCAUAAGAAAUGGUGAAAAGACUUGUCAGGAAACGACAUUCCUCCAACCAAAUCAUGAGAACGUGAUGAUAAGCAUCGAGACCGAUAUGAACACUUACGAUGCCAACCACAAAGAAAAGGAUAGAAAUAAUGAC